UUUUUCAUUCACAUUUUCCAACAGCUGCGGUGGAUCUAAGUCAGUACGGAAGAAUGAUGAAGUUAGCCCUAUGAACCGAGCGGGAGAGCUCAAUUUUUCCACGAAGGGGGUGCUACAUUUUUAUGUUUACCUGCUUUCAUGUGGUUGCAGCCAGCUGAGAGAUGAGUAUCCCAGACUACAUGCAAUGUGCAGAGGAUCACCAGACCGUCCUGGUGGUGGUGCAGCCUGUAGGCAUUGUACCGGAAGAUGAGUUCUUCCGUAUCUACAAGCGCAUAGCCAGCAUCAACCAGGUUAGCAUUCGUGACUCCCAGAGGCUGCUCUACAUCCGCUACCGGCACCAUUACCCCCCAGAGAACAACGAGUGGGGAGAUUUCCAGACCCAUCGCAAGGUGGUGGGCCUCAUUGCCGUGACGACAUGCAGCUCUGCUAAGGAGUGGCCACAGACCUCUGAGCGCUUCCACGGUCAGAAGGAAGUGUUUGGCCCCACGCUGUACGACUCCCGCCUGCUUGUGUUCGGGCUGCAGGGUGAGAUUGCUGAGCAAACCCGCACAGAUGUGGCAUUCUACCCUAGUUAUGAUAAAUGUGAAGACGUAGAGAAGAGAGUGGAGGAUUUUGUGGAGUCUAUUUUCAUUGUGCUGGAGUCCAAGAGGCUUGACAGGGCCACAGACAAAUCGGGGGACAAGAUUCCCCUACUCUGUGUCCCCUUUGAAAAGAAAGACUUUGUUGGCCUCGACACAGACAGCAGGCACUACAAAAAGCGCUGCCAGGGCAGGAUGCGGAAGCAUGUGGGGGAUCUGUGCCUGCAGGCGGGCAUGCUGCAGGACGCCCUGGUCCACUACCACAUGGCCGUAGAGCUGCUGCGCUCCGUCAAUGACUUCCUGUGGCUGGGGGCGGCCCUGGAAGGCCUGUGCUCUGCGUCUGUGAUCUACCACUACCCUGGGGGAACGGCGGGGAAAUCCGGGGGCCGCAAGCCCAGUGUCUCGCAGGCAGCUGAUGCCGGCAAGAGGCACCGACCAGGAGCGCAGGAAGUUCUCAUUGAUCCAGGCGCUCUCACCACCAAUGGGAUUAGCGCUGACACCAGCAGUGAGAUCGGUCGUGCCAAAAACUGCCUGAGUCCGGAGGAUAUCAUUGAGAAGUACAAGGAGGCCAUCUCCUACUAUGGCAAGUACAAGAACGCUGGUGUGAUUGAGCUGGAGGCCUGUGUGAAGGCCGUCCGCGUGCUGGCCAUCCAAAAACGGGCCAUGGAGGCCUCCGAGUUCCUGCAGAAUGCCGUGUAUAUCAACCUGGGACAGCUCUCGGAAGAGGAGAAGAUUCAGCGCUACAGCAUCUUGUCUGAACUCUACGACCUUAUUGGCUUCCACCGGAAGUCUGCAUUCUUCAAACGUGUGGCUGCCAUGCAGUGUGUGGCCCCCACCAUCGCUGAGCCUGGGUGGAGGGCCUGUUACAAGCUCCUGUUAGAGACCCUGCCUGGGUAUAGCCUCUCUCUGGAUCCUAAGGACUUUUGCAAAGGUACCCACCGUGGCUGGGCGGCUGUGCAGAUGCGGCUUCUUCACGAGCUGGUGUAUGCCUCGCGCCGCAUGGGCAACCCCGGCCUGUCCGUGCGACACCUGUCCUUCCUGCUGCAGACCAUGCUGGACUUCUUGUCCGACCAAGAGAAAAAGGAGGUCACCCAGAGCCUGGAGAACUACACCUCCAAGUGCCCCGGGGGAAUGGAGGUCAUCGCCCUGCCUGACGGGCUAAAGCUGCCACCUGUGCCAUUCAGCAAGCUGCCCAUCGUCAAGUCGGUGAAGCUCCUGAACCUGCCAGUCAGCCUGCGUCCCCGCAAGCUGAAGGGCCUCCUGGGACAGAACAUGGCCACCAAAAGCCCCUUUAUUUAUUCCCCGAUCAUCAUACACAACCGUGGAGAGGAGCGCUGCAAAAAGAUAGAUUUUCAGUGGGUGCAGGGUGAUGUGUGUGAAGUCCAGCUGAUGGUCUACAACCCCAUGCCUUUUGAGCUGCGGGUGGAGAACAUGGGUCUCUUGACGUCAGGGGUGGAGUUUGAGUCUCUGCCGGCUGCCCUCUCCCUGCCCGCGGAGUCUGGCCUGUACCCGGUUACCCUGGUUGGGGUCCCCCGCACUGCAGGGAACAUCACAGUUAACGGGUAUCAUACCUCGGUGUUUGGGGUGAUGAGUGACUGCAUGCUGGACGGCCUGCCGGGUGUGAAGACCAGCGGCUGCGUUGUGGAAGUGGUACCUGCCCUGCCGCGUCUGCAGCUCAGCACAUCGUUGCCACGGUCAGCGAACAGCCGGCAGCCCUCCUCGGGGGAAGAGCCGUCCAGCAGUGUGUCCGUGCAGCUCUUCAAUGGGGAGAGCCAGCAGCUGCUGGUCACUCUGGAGAACAUUGGCAGCGAGCCCUUGGAGACCCUAGAAGUCACUUCAAAGAUGGUCAACACCAAAGAGAAGGUUUUCGGAGAGUUUCUCAGCUGGGACCUGGAGGGGGCACUGUCUCAGCUCCCACUGAAACCCGGCCAGACUGUAGUCCUGACGGUCGACAUCAAGGUCAAGCUGGACUUCUCGGGACAAGAGAACCUGCUUCAGGACCUCAAUGAUGAUGGGAUCAGCGUCACGGGCCUGCCCAUCUCCAGCCCACUCCGGCAGGUGCUGAAGCCGCGCUCUGAGAACAAGCCCAUGGGCACGGAGUCCGGCAAACCCGACUACAACCAGGUCAAGAUGUUGGAGGCCGUGCUUCACUUCAAGUACUCAGGCGGCCAGGGCCAGGUAGAAGGCUACUACCGGGAGCUGUCGCUGGGUGUGCAUGUGGACGUUGAGCCCUCCGUCUUUUUCACCCGUGUCAGCACCCUGCCGGCCACCAGCACCCGUCAAUGCCACCUGCUGCUGGACGUGUUCAAUGCCACGGAGCAUGAGCUCACCGUCAGCGCCAGGAACAACCAGGACGUGGUGCUGCAUGCCAGCGAGUGCCAGAGGAUGGCUAUUCAGGUGGACAAGUUUGACCUGGAAAGCCUGCCGGAGCCCGACGAGGAGCGGUUUCGCUUCGCCAGCCCCCGGCAGCUGGAGGAAGAGCGGCAGCUGGUGCAGGGCUGCCGCAUCAACGGCGAGCUGCACCUCGUCUGGAGCAUCCCGUCUCUGCGGAGGACAGGAGAGGCCAGCGUGGAAGGUGUGCUCAACCAACUUGUCCUAGAACACCUGCAGCUGGCUCCCCUACAGUGGGACGUGGUGGUGAACGGGAAGCCAUGUGACUGCAACAUUAUAGCAGAGUGCAGUGUGGGUGAUAUGGUGCCCCUGGAGGUCAGGCUGACUAAUCGCAGCAAGAAUGCAGUGGGUCCCUUCUCGCUGAACAUCAUCCCCUUCCAAGACUACCAGAACGGCGUCCAUAACUAUGAGCUGCAAGAUGUCGUCACUUUCAUCGGCUCCAACACCUUCUACAUUGACACAGUCAAGCCCACAGAAGACUGUAACUGUGCCGGUGCUCUGCUUUUUCUCUACGCUGGAGACUUCUACCUGAACAUCAAGUUUCAGGACGACAGCAGCUGCGGCCGCGAUCUGCCCCUGGCUUGGUUCUGUUUGCCAAAUGUCCAUGUUAAAGCCGUAGACUCUCCUUUUUAAAGCGCCGUCCCGGUCUUUUACAGAGGCAUCCAUCCUCCGAGUCCAUCACCUUUUCUAGGGACCAGUUUCUGACGUCUGUGCAAAACCGGUUUUAUUCUAGAUGUAAACUGGAACAGCCAGCUAACUCCAGUUUUAUUCCCCUAACUUCUCAGAAGAACAAAUAUAUCAUGACCAGAGAUUCAUUUGUAAAUAGGUUCUGUAAGCAUCUGUGUUUGUGUAAUAACCAUAGUCUUAAAGGUUAAGGCAACUUUGUAAAGAGCAUGCCAGAGAUUUUUCACCUUAAAAAAAGAUAACAGAAAUGCCCUCUUCGGUAACUCGGUUUCAGUCAGCCACCAGUUGCAGGCAGUGGUUCCAGACUACCAUAAGCCUGCGUGUAAUUAAGUAAUUACAUCAAAAUACGCAUAUUUUGCAAAUCGAUAUGAACUCCAAUCGUUACUGCACUAAUAAUGGAAUAGUUAUUGACUUCUGAAAUUCAGAUGUCAUAUGCACAGUUGUUGGUCUCUAAUUGCAAAAUUUCUUCUUGAACUAUUAAAAGGCUCUGUAGA